UGCAUAAUAUUACGCAGUAACCUCCCUUAGAUAAACAAACUCCAAAUCAAAACUGUCAACAAAGCAUUUUCUUCAGUUUCAUUCAGAGCUUUGACUUUAAACAUGUCUUCAAAUCUCAUUACUUCAUCUUUUAAGAAAGUAAAACAGCAACAAAGAAAUGUAAAAUGCGAAAGAGGAAGUUCACCACAGCCUUCAUGCAGCAAGACAGAGGAUCGCGAUAUGAAAAUGUUGAAAGAUUUUGACCUGUACUGGGUGUUUGGACCAAGUAUGGGAAUUUCAAGACUUGAGCGUUGGAACAGAGCAGAAAAGCAUGGUUUAAACCCGUCACCUGAAGUGAAGCAGUUGGUACUAGCACAUGAAGGAGAUGAGAGAUAUACUCAAUGCCUUUGGAAUGACUACAAGAAUAUCAUGUGAUUUAAAGAUUAAAGUGUUCUUACAGAGUAAAUAAUCUGUCAAGUGCCAUAUCAAGACAAUGUGGUGUGAUUAAACAAAGUUUAGUGAAUUUAGUGGCAGAAUGAUUUUAAUGUUGAGGUCCAGUCUACACAUGUAAACAAUAGGGCACCAUGCUUUCAUAAGAAACAGAUUACCAGAUGUUCAUGAGAAACAGGAUACCAGCCUAUCAAAAGAAGCAGGGAACCAGUCUAUCAAAAGAAGCAGGAUACCAGUCUAUCAAAAGAAGCAGGAUACCAGUCUAUCAAAAGAAGCAGGAUACCAGUCUAUCAUGAGAACAUGGUACCAGUCUGUAAUCAGAGUCAAUGCACAAGAUCUCCUGCAAAACAAAAGAAAUCCAAAAAUUUAUUGUUAAGUUUCAUUACAAAAGAAUUCUUACGAAAAUUCUAAAACUUUGUCAAGAUUAUGUCUUAAAAUUUUGUCACAUGUUUCAUUUGGAAAAGACAUAAACUAUUCAACUAUUUUAAACAUAGAAACAGAUAAAAAUGAUAGAUUUAAACACAUCACUUAACUUUUACUGGAGUGAAUGUCCCGGUUAUGAAAUUAUGGAAUUUAUGGCAAUUAAACAAACAAUCGUGUAGAGUCUAGUCCGAUUGCAUUGAUGUGCAUACUAGAAUCUAUUCUGGUGGAAUAGACAAGUCUUUGUCACCUCUAUCUUCCAAACAGUUGAUA